AAUUCAUUCACUGCGUUUUACCCAAAUACCAAAACCCAAAGCAAACGAACUAAAAAACCAGUCUUUCCUUUGGAGUGCGCGACAAUGGUGGAACGCUGCUUCGGCUGCUGGCGGUGUUGCCCCAGAGCGCUCUCAUCUGCACUCACCAUAAAAGAGAACAACACUGGGAAGAAGCUUAUUUCCUAAUGCUGCGAAACCUCUCCAAGUAAAAACAAGAAAAGGGAAGGGAAAAAAGGAAGAAGGAUUCUUGUUGUUGUUGUUGUUGUUGUUGUUCUUCUUCUUCUUCUUCUUCUUCUUCUUCUGCGUCUUAUCAUUCCAGAGACACGUGUUCCAUUAAUGGAUCUUGGCAAUUUCGGAAGCGGCGUCUUCUUGAAUCACCCAAAAGUUCCCUCUUCCGUUUCCUCCUCUUAUGGUCCCGAUUCCUGCUCCAGAUCACCACCCCCCUCGUGUUUGCCAGUGCCCAUCAUGAACCUCGCCUCUUCCGUGGACUCCAAAUUCGAGAUUGGUCUUGCGUUUGGAGACGCAUGAGUACUUGAUCCUGAUAAUUUCCUCUCGAUUGUUUCUUGGGCUUUGCUGGUUAUUGUUGCUCUCGCUACCCUUUUCACCACAUUCUCUGACAGAGUGAACAUCAUCAAUCAGCAAACGACUCCAACCGUCUCUUUCCCUUCCUUUUUUUUCUUCUCAUUUGCCUCACAGAUAUUGAUUCCAGAUUUUCGGGUGUUGGGAUGUUGGCAUCUCCGGCGAUGGCUGCUGUUGCUACAGUGACGGGCAUCAGGUGUGAUCAUGUCCCUUGUUGCCGUUGGAAUGAGAAGGGGAACAAACUGAGAAGUAGAACCAAGCAGAGCCCUUUCUCAAGAAUUGCUUCCAUUUCGGCCUUGGCCUCCCCUCUUUCUAGCAAUCACAGGACAAAGGAACUGUCUCGUUCCCAAAUCUACCUGGAGAUUCUUAAAGCUGCCAGGGAGAAGUUCACUCAGGAAAUUUCUUUCCAGUCCAAGGACAAAGACAUCUCUCUUGCAAAAGUUUUGCUGUAUGUGGCAGCUGAAGAUGAGGCAUUUCUGGCUCUCAACAGAGAAAUGGAUGCAGAGUUCCUUUCAAAAGAAACAAGAUCAGCUUCUGUUCCAUCUGAUGCCCAAAAGUGGGACUCUUUAGACAAUAUGCCUUUGUCCGGAAGGACAAUAUCUCAGUGGCUGAGUGAGCUGGAUUCUAUUGCUAAAGAAGUUGAGGCAGAACUAAUUUCAAGAGAUAUCGGCUGCCAUUUGGUUGAGGUUUUAGAAGCAGUUAAUGUAGUCCUUUUUGGGUUGAAAGGCUUCAAGCGGACCCCUGUUCUUGUAGAUUCCAAAUGUUCAUACUUGCACUCUGUGCUGAGUUCUAGAUUUGGCAGUGCGAUUUUGCUUAGCAUUAUUUACAUUGAGGUUUGUCGAAGACUUGGUCUGACCAUUGUGGGAUCUCGUGUUGGGGAAGAUUUUUUGAUAUGGCCCCAAACUGGGAACCCAGAGGAGCUCUUCAAGGUAACUAACGGAAAGAGCUUGUUUGCUAUUGUCAAUGGAAGGUGUGUUGAUGACCCCAGAUCCAGGGCAUCAGACUUAACUAGCAAUUCACUUUUAGGACUUGAGAUAGCUUCAAACCGUGAUAUCAUUGGGAUUGCUUUGGCAAACUUGAUUAGGCUUCAUUGGAAACGCGCUUCGAGGCUGAAUCAUGGGCUGAUGUUGACUACUCCUCUUAGGCAUGUUGACUAUGCUUCUGAAAAAUCCAACAAAUUUGACGAUUCAAGUGCUCCUGUGCUGCGGCCCCAAGAUCUUAGGUUGGCUAUUAUGGCUUCCGAAAGAUUAUUGAUUCUGCAGCCGCAUAACUGGUCUCUGAGAAGGGACCAAGGGAUGAUGUUGUACUACAAGAAGGACUACGGGGAGGCGGUUCAAGAACUUAGCAUUUGUAUGGCAUUUGCGCCGGAAGAAGAGGCGGAUAUUUUGGAACCGUUUGUCGAGAAGCUGCAUUUGCUGCGUCUGGAAGCUUCGUGGAAGUCCAUGGGGCAUAAUCAAUUGACAGUUCCUUAGAUUGUACUCCUGCCCAUAACAGGUUGCACUCCGCCCUUAACAUCCUCUCUCUCUCUCUCUCUCGAUCGUGUGUUUCUUAGUGUUGAAACAAUCUGAGGCUGUAUAAUCUCAAGGCCAGAGUAGCUAAUCCAAUCUGUCCCUGACUGUUGUAUGCGCAUACGAUCCGAUAUAUGGCAAUAUAGAUAAAAAGAACUCGGAGGCAUUUGCUUUCUUGACAC